UGCACCCGUAGUAGCACCGUUGAAGUUCAAAGUUCAAAUAUUACAGUAAAAAUAGGGUACUCGCUGGCUGGCUGCCUGUUUGUUAACUGGGCAAAAUAAACAACCGGGUAUGUUCGUACAGGAGGAGAAGAUAUUCGCAGGGAAAGUGUUGAAAAUACACAUCUGCACAAUGGACGGCACGGAGUGGUUGGAGGAGGUCACGGAAGACACCACUGUUGAGAAACUGAAGGAGAAGUGCUUGAAACAUUAUGUACAUGGAAGUCUAGAAGACCCCAAAACACUUACCCACCAUAAACUUAUACACGCUGCUACAGAGAGAGUCCUCACCGACACGAAAACCGUCGCUGACGAAAAUCUCAAAGAUAAAGAUGUUUUGCUGCUCAUAAAGAAAAGACCACCACCGACUCUUCCAAAGAUGGCAGACGUAAGCGCAGAUGAAAAGAAAAAACAAGAUAACAAGGCUCCAGAUAAAGAUGCUAUCCUGAAAGCCACCGCCAACCUCUCCACACGCCACACCGACCGCACUGUUACCCAGCACAACAUCAGAGAUUUUCAGACGGAGCUUAGAAAAAUCCUGGUUUCUCUCAUAGAAGUUGCCCAGAAGCUUCUUGCCUUGAAUCCUGACGCUGUUGAGCUCUUCAAAAAGGCCAAUGCCAUGUUGGAUGAAGAUGAAGAGGAUCGAGUGGAUGAAACAGCUCUUCAGCAGCUCACUGAGAUGGGUUUCCCCGAGAGCAGAGCCAUCAAAGCUCUUAGAUUGAACCACAUGUCGGUGACCCAGGCGAUGGAAUGGCUGAUCGAGCACGUAGACGACCCCUCUGUAGACACGCCGCUACCUAGCCAGGACUCUUCCGGAGCGGCAGGAGCUACGGCCGCCGCCACACCAGGCCCCUCUGCCUCAGCCUCGGCCUCGGCCUCAGCGUCCGGUCCUAACCUUCUCCGCAGCCUUUCAAACCAGUCCAGCACAGACGAAAGCAACAGGCAGGACGAACUCACAGAGAUCUUCAAGAGGAUCCGGAGGAAACGGGAGUUCAGACCUGACUCAAGAGCUGUCAUUGCAUUGAUGGAGAUGGGCUUUGAUGAAAAGGAGGUGAUUGAUGCUCUGAGAGUGAAUAACAACCAACAGGACGCUGCGUGCGAGUGGCUGCUGGGAGACAGGAAACCUUCUCCAGAGGACCUGGACAAAGGCAUCGACACCAACAGCCCGCUGUUCCAAGCCAUUCUGGAGAAUCCAGUGGUCCAGCUGGGUUUAACCAAUCCCAAGACUCUGCUCGCGUUUGAAGACAUGCUGGAGAAUCCUCUGAACAGCACCCAGUGGAUGAACGACCCCGAGACCGGCCCCGUCAUGCUCCAAAUAUCCAGAAUCUUCCAGACCCUCAAUCGCACAUAGAGCCUCCUGGUGACCCCCUGUGUGACUGUGGCAGCUUGUGUGUGUGUGUGCGUGUGUGCGUGCGUGUGUGUGUGAAUGGAUGGAUGGAUGUGUGUGUGUGCGUGUGCGUGUGUGUAUCUGGUUGAGACAGAGACACAAGUAUUGUUUUUGCCUUGUAAAGACAAAGCUGGAGGAGUUUGAAAUAAGGUGUUACACAUAUAACUAUUUAUAACAGUACAGUAAAAACACUUAUACAAAAACAAAUGUUAACAUAAACAUUAUUAUUACAGUAAUAAUAAAAAUUGAUAUUUAGUAUGUUGUUUUUACAUUUUAAUGAGAACAAUUUAUAGUUAUGACAGACAUGAUUUAUUUUAUAUAAUUUCUCCAUGUGCAAAAAUGACAUCAGACAUCAAUUUAAUGUUUACACUUCAAAGAAAACUGUUUUUGUAUGUUUUGCAAUAUUUAAAUAUCAAUUACAGUUUUGU